CCGGAAGUGACGGCGCAGUGCAGUGCCAGUCAUGGCCAGCGAGCGAUAAUGCCGACGCAGCCUGCAGCUGGAGCCUGAUUGUCCGGGUCUGGUAACCAAAUGAGAGAAAGGGAAAGGGAUCGGUGGCAUCGGUGCGCUGUACGAGUUGCGGAUGUCAUUGGAUGUCAUUGGAUUCAUCAUUCAGCCCUACAGCAAAUACGGUACAUACGGCACAUGCAUGCAUUUGGAGUUGCACACGCUGCCGGUCGGUCGGUCGGUGAAAGACUCAAGGGGUGGCCCUGAAGAACGAAGAACGAAAAACAGCUUCUGCCUCAAGAGUGAAGCCUGGAAGCCCAAAGGAGCUGUUCGUUCUCGGCCCUUGCAUUUGCACUUUGCACUUUCGCUGUUGCAAAGAUCCAUUCUCCGUCCCGACUCCCGACAUCGACCAGUUCUCCUCUAUCGUCGGAACAAUCCUCCCAGACGAGUGCUCUCUCGAGUACAUGUACCUAAAGUACCUACGCCGACUAGGUACCCAAUCAGCCGCUCAAACUCGGCCGAUACGGUAUGCAACCAAUCAGAUCGAAGAUCAUCGCCUACCUACGGCAGUUCGGAACAGAGCAUAAAGAUAGAGAAGCAACCAUUCUCGGCCACUCAUCGAAUGAUCGGACACGGUGUGCGGUGUGCGGCGAACACUCCGUCCGGUCCAUGUCCCACAGUCCCAGACUCCCAGGACGAAAAUAAAGAUGAAACCGGAAAGCCUCCUGGAGGCGGAGCGCGGAGGUGAGGGGACGGGUGGCUGCGUGGGCGUGGACUCCAACAGGCCAAUCAUCGGGAGAGCAUCGCACGUUACAUCCGUCCCAUCCAGCCGUACAUACCACAUACGAUGUGGAAGACACCGUACCACAUACCGUACCCCGCUCACCCCACAACCCCCAACCCACAACAAAAC